GGAUACAGUAAACGGAUAAAUAUUUAAUAAUGGUAGUGGUUAGUUAAACAGGAUGUCUCGAUCAAUAGAUACAAGCACAGCAGCUUUAUUCGGAGUUUCAACAUGAGCUUUGGAACCUCCUGAACAGCGUUGGCGAUUUGAACAGGGUUGAUCCACAAACCUAUAGGCAGAUUCGUUAUUACUCAGUUGUGGGACCUGCUGCGUUACCGCCUGAUCAGUUGGACAGGUACAACCGCCUGAUCAACGACAUGCUCGCGAUCUACAACAGCGCCUCCGUAUGCGCCUAUCUCGAGCCUCUGAGGUGCGACCUUCGGUUGCAGCCUGACCUCACGGCCAUUAUGGCCAAGAGCAGGAACUGGGACGAGCUGCAGCAUGUAUGGACCGAAUGGCGACGCCAAACUGGACAGAAGAUGAGGGAUCCCUUCGAGCAGAUGGUUCGGCUAAGCAAUCAGGCUUCGAAGUUGAAUAAUUUUACUGAUACCGCUGAAUACUGGAGCUUUCCUUUUGAGUCUACAGAUCUUUUCAAAGACCUGGAAAAUGCAUGGGACGAAGUUAAGCCGUUUUAUGACCAACUCCUUACUUACGUCCGACGAAGGCUCAGGGAGUUUUAUGGACCUGAAAGGAUAAGUAGACAGGCACCUCUACCUGCGCAUAUACUAGGAAAUAUGUGGGCUCAAUCGUGGACCAACAUAUUCGAUAUUACCCAGCCUUACCCUGGUCAAACUUUCUUAGAUGUAACACCAGAAAUGUUAAAGCAGGGUUAUACACCAGCAGACCUGUUCAGGCUAGCAGAGGACUUUUUUGUUUCUAUAAAUAUGAGUGCACUUCCACUGGAAUUUUGGCAAGGUUCUGUUCUUGAGGAACCUAUUGACAGGAUUGUAUUAUGCCAACCAUCUGCUUGGGAUUUCUGCAACCGAAGAGACUUCAGGAUAAAGAUGUGCACUCAUGUGAACAUGAAAGAUUUGAUAACCGCGCACCAUGAAAUGGCUCACAUUUACUACUUCAUGGAGUAUAAGAAUCAGCCUAAAGUAUUCAGGGACGGAGCUAAUCCAGCUUUCCAUGAGGCCAUUGGUGAAGCCAUAGGCCUAUCAGUAGGCACUCCCAGACAUCUGCAAGCCCUUGGCUUGAUGCCUGCGUCUAUCUCCAGGAACACAGUUGACAUAAACUACCUGUACAAGAUGGCGCUGGAUAAGGUGGUCUUUCUGCCAUUCGCUCUUGUUAUGGACAAGUGGCGCUCAGAUGUCUUCAGUGGGAGAGUCAGGAAGGAGCAGUAUAACUGUCAUUGGCAUCUACUUAGUGAGCAAUACCAGGGAAUAAAACCACCUGUUUUGAGGUCCGAAAUCGAUUUUGACCCUGGAUCCAAGUACCACGUCCCUGCCAAUAUCCCUUACGUAAGGUAAGUCUUUACAUGUUUAUAAAUUCAUCACGGGUUGAAAAUGAU